AUGACAUCCGCCAAGCGACCCAAUUUCUUGACCAUUGUCGCUGAUGACCAUGGCUUCAGCGAUAUUGGGUCGCAUGGUUCGGAAAUCGCCACGCUCGUGCUCGACAAGCUGGCCAAGGAUGGCUUGCGCAUGACCAACUUUCACACCGCGCAGGCAUACUCGCCAACGCGUGCCAUGCUGCUCUCUGGCACCGACAAUCACAUUGCCGGUCUUGGUCAAAUGGAUGAAGCUGCGUACAUGAAGAAGAGAUACAUGGAGAUACUUUCUGAUGCUGGCUACCGUACUGCCAUGUCUGGCAAAUGGCACCUGGGUAUGAAACCCGACGUCUCCCCCCGCCAGAGGCCCUUCUUCUCCUAUCCAGCGUACACAGCUCCUCACUGGCCCAUGCAGGCCCCUUCAACAUGUCAAGCUGUAGAGAAGUAUUGCAUGUCCUAA